AAAUCACUACUCUCACUUUUCUCGACCAUAGAGAUUUGAAUUUUCAUCAAUGGCGGCUCUACAACAAACUCCGAUAACUUUCCAAUCCCGUUCACCGCCGCCGACUCAACUCAUCACCGGAACCGUCGCAAAGCUCUCCUUCUCCGGCGGCCUCAAGCUCCCAAAACUCACUCUCAAACUCCGAUCCAAACGCACGUCCCGCCGCGGCCGCGGCGGUGGUGCUCUCGGAGCAAAAAUGGCAGAUUCCGCGGCCGGUAGCUACGCGAACGCUCUCGCCGACGUAGCUAAAUCCAACGAAACACUAGAACAAACCACCGCAGAUCUCGAAAAGAUCGAGAAAAUCUUCGACGACGAUGCGGUUUACGAUUUCUUCGUAAGCCCUAUCGUAAGCGAAGAGAAGAAACGUGAACUUGUAGACGAGAUCGUUUCAUCUACAGGCAUUCAACCACACGUUGCGAAUUUUCUCAACAUCCUUGUCGAUAUGAAGAGAAUUGAAUUAAUCAAAGAUAUUGUUAAAGAGUUUGAGAAAGUUUACAAUACCUUGACGGAUACUGAACUUGCUGUGGUGACUUCAGUGGUGACACUGGAAUCGCAACAUUUAGCACAGAUCGCAAAAGGAGUUCAACGAUUAACCGGAGCGAAAAAUGUGAGAAUCAAAACAGUGAUUGAUGAAUCUCUUGUUGCUGGAUUUACAAUAAGGUAUGGAAGUUCAGGAUCCAAAUUGAUUGAUAUGAGUGUGAAGAAACAACUUGAAGAUAUUGCUGCACAGCUUGAAAUUGGGGAUAUUCAAUUAGCUGUAUAAUUAAUUGUUCUGUUUUUCUUAAUUUUAAUAAUUACUACUCAAUGAUUAUUUUUGUAAUAUAUAAUUUUGCGUAAAACAUAAUACUAUUCUCAAUUUUUGGAUGAAUGUAAAUUAGUUGCUGUAUGCAAAUUCAGAUCGAU